AUGUCUGUACCCGUUCUAGGUAGACUUUCUGUAUUAGAAUGGUUGCUUGUGGUGGUCUCCAUUGCCUUCUCAUGGUUGGAAUACGCAAGUAAUGUAAUCACCAAGCUUCUCCCACAGCCAUUGAUCCAAUUGUUCUCGUACACAUUGAGCGUCGCAUAUCGUUGGACUUCCAACCCCAUUAGUUUUAUCACCAAAAAAGACGACCGCCCUGACGAUGACGCUAUCUCUUUCAAAUACGUAACCAGUGGCACCGACAUUGCUCGAGAGAAGUAUAAUCUCAUGACUGGCAUGCUCAACAGCAAAAGCAUCCAUGAAAUGUGUCGUUUAUUCGGGUAUGACAUCGAAAAUCGCAUAGUGAGAACAAAGGAUGGAUACCUUUUGACAGUACAUAGGAUUACUAGAUUAGAUGGUACAUCCGCCCCUCGGAACGGCAAAACCGUCUACUUGCACCAUGGCCUACUCAUGAAUUCCGAAAUCUGGGUGACUAUGCUCGAGAAGGAACAAAACUUGCCAUUUGUGCUCUACGAGUUGGGCUAUGAUGUGUGGUUGGGAAACAACAGGGGUAACAAGUACUCACACAAGCACUUGACGAAAAAGCUAGACUCCGUAGAAUUCUGGGACUUUUCCAUUGAUGAGUUUGCAAUGUUUGACAUUCCAGAUUCGAUCGACUUCAUCUUGCAUGAAACCGGCAACAAGAGUCUCACGUACAUUGGCUUCUCGCAGGGUACCGCACAGGCCUUUGCCUCAGUCUCCGUCAAUCCAGAUCUCAGCAGCAAGAUUGAGCAAAUCAUAGCAAUUUCUCCUGCAACCACGCCCCAUGGGCUCUACUCCAAGUUCUUGGAUAUUCUUUUGAAGUCUAGCCCGAACCUCAUCUAUUUAAUCUUCUCGCGGAAAGUCUUGAUGCCAUCAAUCUUGUUUUGGGAGAAAAUCAUGUAUCCUCCCUUUUUUGAUACUUCUAUCGAUAUUUCAAACUACAUGUUGUUCAAUUGGAAGUCGAAGAACAUUGACAAGAUGCAGAAAGUGGCUUCCUAUGCCCAUUUAUACUCUACCACUUCGGUGAAAACGGUCGUGCAAUGGUUCCAGAUCAUGGCAAGUAAAAACUUCCAGAUGUAUCAUGACUAUUCUGCAUCCAUCUCGAAUUUGAACCCGGUCAGCUACCCCCUUAAGAACAUCAAGAUUCCAAUUUCACUCAUCUAUGGCGAUUCCGAUUCAUUGGUCGACAUUGAGGUUAUGAAAAAUCAACUUCCCGACAAAAAUGUCUCGAGUUAUCGUGUUGCAGGUCACGAACACCUAGAUAACUUAUGGGGCAGAGACGUAAAAGAACUUGUGUUUCCUCGAGUGCUCUCCAUUCUUAAAGAAAAACUAGACGAAGAGAGAGCAAACGGGCUAAAACCAAUUUCCAACUAG